UAUUAAUAACAGAAAGACUCCUGCUGAAUAACUAAACACAUGCUGCUGAGAAGCUUUAACCAGAGUGAACUAUUUUGUAACAGCUUCCCAUAAGGCACUGAAUGACCAACAGCAAAUAUUUUGCUUUUGCAGAGCAGACGAGUACGAGAUUAGCGGUGAGAUUAGCACGGCUGAAACGGCAGAAAAUCUGAACCAGAACCUGCAGCUUGACUGAUUCCAUCUUACAGAAAAUUCAUGCAGGAGAAAAUGAAGAUCCGCCAUGCGGUUGCUCUGCUUCUCCUGCUUCAGUUCUGCCUAAAUACUGUCCUGAGCAUCGCCAGCACCUCCUGCCCUUCACUAUGCCAGUGUUUCUCUGCAACAACUGUCAUAUGCUCAGAUCCACUGAUGAAGGCCAUGCCAGUGGACAUCCCCGUACAGACGACAGUUCUGAUCGUGUUAGCAUCUGGUGUGAGAAAGAUCACCAUUCAGAAGUGUCUGGGAAACCUGACCAAACUCGUAUUCUUGAGUAACCCAGUGCAGAAUGUCUCACACGACGCCUUUAAAGGUCUGACGAGUCUAGAGGAGCUGGAGAUUAGCGGGAGUCAUUUGUUGGCCUUAGAAGCCGGAACCUUUAACAAGUUGGACAAGCUCACCAAACUUCUUCUCAACAACAACAAGAUAACGCUUUUAGCACCAAGCAUUUUUGACUCCCUUGAGAAGCUUGAGACACUUCAACUGAGAGGAAACCUGCUCGCAAGUCUCCACAGUGAUCUGUUCCACAAGCUCUACAACCUCCAAGAGCUCAAUCUGUCCUCCAACAAGCUUUCUACAAUAUGCACAAGUAAGCUCAGGAAGCUGAAGAAGUUGGAUUUAGGUUUGAACCAGAUCACCUUUCUGUGCCUGAACACCUUCAGUGGAAACCCUCAGCUGCAAAUUCUGUCCCUGCAAGGUAACCAGAUCACCAAAAUUGCUCCGGGCAUCUUCAGCCAACUGAACAACUUGGAGGAACUGAAUCUCAGAGAUAACAAAAUAACAGCACUGAAUGCUGGAUUAUUCCCUUCCAGCCUGAAGAAGCUCACGCUCAGAGGGAACUCCCUGAUCCAACUAUCCUCUGCCGCAUUUACUGGCCUUCACAAUCUCACUCAUCUGGACUUGUCUCAGAACCUGGUAUCUUCUCUCCCUGCAGAACUUUUCCAGAACCUUUCCUCUUUAGAGCAUCUGGACUUGUCUGAGAAUGCACUUCAGGAGUUAGCCAGCACUGUGUUCAGAGGACUGCUUCGAAUCCGUGUCAUUGAUUUACAGAAGAACAACCUGACCUCACUAGAAGCAGACCUUUUCACAGAUCAGGGAAUGAUGUCGCGCCUCAGCUUGGCCAGGAACAGACUGGAGAACCUGCCGUAUGGCGUUUUCGAGCUGUUAGACUUCGAAUGUUUGUUGCGGCUCGGUGGUAAUCCCUGGCGCUGCGAUUGUGACCUAACGUACUUUCACGAGUGGUUGUACUACAACAGCAACACUGUGGAAGACUUGAGCCAGGUUUACUGCACUAAUCCCCCGCCUCUGAGGGGAGUGAGUCUGACCACCAUGAACAAGGAGCAGCUUGUCUGCGUAAACAGAUCCAUCUCCAAGACACAAAGUACCACAAACCUGGCCACUGACUCUGACAGACAGUGCAGUCUCCAGGAAGCCAAUGGUGGCAUUGUUGUUACGUGCAAGCUCAUGAAGUGUACUGAUUUAAAGCUUGAUGUGUAUUUACACCAGGCAAAUGGAAGAACUUUUGAUUAUACUUUGUCACAACCUUGGUCAGAGUCCGUUCUGUGCUUAAACGGGACGGUAAUCCUCACUGUUUAACCUUAGAUUUUUCUUAUUAGGAAUUCAAUAUAGAGCAUUUUUAAACGGGCUUCUACAAAGACACCUAAUACAUUUGAAAUAAAAUAAGCUGCAGUAAUGUCAUGUGGGAAAAUUUGAGAGAAUGGAAAUACUUCCCAUUAUUCUGACUUCAUGAAUUUCCAUUCUGUUUACUACACCUCACCAGCCUCUCUUUUUUUUGGCACGUUCCCCGAGAACUCGCGAAGUGUUUCCCAUGUCCUAAAACUUCCUGUUACAAAGCGCUGACACUGGAGACUCCUUCCCUAAAUGUUAAAUAAACAUCUCAUCUUCAUAA